CUCCUCACAUUUUCUCUCUGCUUCAAACACACACCUCCUCUCUCCUCCUUGCGCACACACACACACACACACUGCCCUGCUCACUCAGUCGCUCUCUCUCUCUCUCCCCACCUCCCCAUCAUUCGGUCGUCGUUCUGCAUCCGCUCGGACGCACUUCACUUUAGGUACAGCUCCUGUGCAUUCUCCAGCUCUGAACCUCGUCUCCUGCGGUGCGGCGUGGCGCGUGCGGUCCCGUUAUGCUCCAGCUCGCGCUCAAAGUGAACACAGACAGAGCGGGACGAUGACUGAAAGGCGCCAAAGAGGAAAGCAAGGCGAGAAAAGGAAUUAUUAAAAAAAAAAAAAGGAGUGAAAGGAGAAAGAGGGAGACCGCGUUUGCGUAAAAGGUGGAAGGACAGUUUGAUUCAGUGAGAUUUUGGAUUAAACUGGCUGCUCCUCAGCUUCCAAGUUACCAUCACAGGUAAUGAGAUCGAGAAGUCACUGACUGCAGACCUGAAGCACGCCGCGACUCCACGCCUCACUCAUUCACAACUCAUCGCCAGCAGCCGUUUCCCCCCCGUAAGUCAGUUCUCAACAAGGACUUCAACUCGAGGACCUGAACCUCACAAAUCGCCAAUGCUUACAAGGAACUGCCUGCUGCUGUUCCUGUGGAUUCUUGUCAACGAGGGUUCUGGCUUUUCCUCACACAAACCUUCAUCCCCACUGGGACGGAGCAGGAGCGGGCGAGAGCGCGCCAGGAGCUCGGUGGGCUCGACGAGGAAUGGGGCGGCUGGGUUUCAGCGCGUCAAGAGGGGCUGGGUGUGGAACCAGUUCUUUGUCCUGGAGGAGUACAUGGGCUCAGACCCGCAGUACGUGGGCAAGCUCCACACCGACCUCGAUAAGGGGGACAGUUCGGUGAAGUACACCCUCUCGGGGGACGGUGCUGGCUCCAUUUUCACAAUUGACCAAACUACGGGGGACAUCCAUGCCUUAAGGAGCCUUGACAGGGAGGAGAAGCCUUACUAUACCCUGCGGGCUCAGGCUGUGGACAUCGACACCAACAUCCCUCUGGAGCCGGAAUCAGAGUUUGUCAUCAAGGUCCAAGAUAUCAAUGACAAUGAACCAAAAUUCCUGGAGGGACCUUACACAGCCAGCGUACCCGAGAUGUCACCAGUCGGGACCUACGUGACGCAAGUAACAGCCACAGACGCGGAUGACCCAACCUAUGGAAACAGUGCCCGAGUUGUAUACAGCAUCCUUCAUGGUCAGCCAUACUUCUCUGUUGACCCCAAAACAGGUGUUAUAAAGACAGCUUUGCCCAAUAUGGACAGAGAAGUGAAGGAAGAGUACCAGGUAUUAAUCCAGGCCAAGGACAUGGGCGGGCAACUGGGAGGACUGGCUGGGACCACCAUUGUCAACAUUACGCUCAGCGACGUUAACGAUAACCCACCCAGGUUCUCUAAAAGUUUCUUCCACCUGAGAGUUCCUGAAUCCUCUGCAAUGGGGUCUGCUGUCGGCAGAAUAAAGGCCCACGACUUGGACAUCGGGAGGAACGCCGAAGUAGAGUACACCAUCGUUCCCGGCGAUGGAGGCGCCAUGUUUGACAUCACAACCAAUGAGCACAACCAAGAGGGGAUGAUCAUUCUCCAAAGGCCGUUGGACUAUGAGACCAAGAAGGCGUACACCUUCAAGGUGGAAGCCUCCAACGCUCAUUUGGAUCCACGAUUCCAGAGCUUUGGGGCUUUCAAAGACACAGCAACAGUGAAGAUUAACGUGUUGGAUGUGGAUGAGCCCCCGGUGUUCAAUAAGCCCUCCUAUGUGAUGGAUGUGUACGAGGACACGCCCGCGGGCACCAUCAUCGGGGCGGUGACGGCACAGGAUUUAGACGCCAGCAGCAGCCCAGUCAGGUAUUCCAUCGACUGGAAGAGUGACUUGGACAGCUACUUUGACAUCGAUCCGGUGGAAGGUACGAUUUCCACAAACGAGCUGCUUGACAGGGAGAACAUCGCCCAGCACAAUAUCUCUGUUGUGGCAACCAAACUCAACAGCCCGGUUAUGACCAGCCGAGUGGCCGUCACGGUGCACGUCCUGGACAUCAACGAGUUUCCGCCUGAACUGGCCAGUCCGUAUGAGACCUUCGUAUGUGAAAACUCCAAAGUGGGACAGGUGAUUCAAAUCUUCAGUGCAAAAGAUCAAGACCUGCCGAGUGCUGGGCAACAGUUCUCCUUCAGAACGUCAAAGGAAGACGUCAAGAAUAAGAAUUUCACAGUUAGAGACUUUGGAAACAACACGGCAGGAAUUGUGACAAAGCGGAGCGGCUUCAGGCGGCGUCUACAGGAGAUCUACUUCCUGCCUGUUGUGAUAGAAGACAAUGGCUACCCGCCGAAGAGCAGCACGGGGACGCUAACCAUUCGUGUGUGUGGCUGCGAAUUGGACGGCUCGCUGCUUACAUGCAGCGCCGAGGCCAUCUUUCUUCCUGUGGGGCUGAGCACAGGAGCUCUCAUCGCCAUACUUCUGUGCAUCGUCAUCUUAUUAGUUAUCGUCGUACUCUACGUGGGAUUAAGGCGCCAGAAGAAAAAGGAAACCCUCAUGUCCUCCAAAGAGGACAUCCGAGAUAAUGUGAUCCAUUACGACGACGAAGGAGGAGGGGAAGAGGACACGCACGCCUUUGACAUGGGGACCCUUCGAAACCCCAAAGUCGUCAAGGAGAACCUGUACCGCAGGGACAUCAAGCCCGAGAUGCAGCGAGGCCCCAAGCCGCCCGCCUCUCAGGACAGCUCAGACAUCCGAGACUUCAUCAACCAGCGGCUGAAAGAGCACGACACGGACAACUCGGCUCCGCCCUACGACUCUUUGGCCACGUACGCCUACGAGGGGAACGGCUCGGUGGCAGAGUCUCUCAGCUCCAUCGAGUCGCUCGCAGUAGACUUCGAGGAGGACUAUGACUACCUCAGCGACUGGGGGCCUCACUUUAAAACUCUGGCGGGGAUCUUUGGAGAGCAAUCAGAAACUCAUUCAGAUUCGACAAACACAGAGAACACGCACUGAUGUUCCUCAUGGACUUAAAAAGGGAAGAUGUAACAUUGUUUUGUUUUUUUUGCUAUUGCCUCAUAUCUUUUUCACCAUAGUUUUUCUCCAAUGUUUGUUUUGUUUUACAACUCACUGGUUCUAUUUUAUAAGGUCAUUUUACAAUGUUCAGUCCCAAAAUUGUAAAAAAAAUAAAUAAAUAAAUAAAAUACAAAAAAAAUUAUGUUGAGAUGAUUAGAUGGGCAGCCAUUCAAUUUCUUGUCAAUUGAAUGUUGUUUCACGUCUUGCAUUUAGUUUCCUCUUGGGAAGACGCACGGAAAUGUUGUCAUUUCCUGGAACAUCCUUUAAAAAGUGCCUCAAUAUAAUUGUUGUUUCACUUGCUGUUUCAUGGCACAUAUCCAGUACUUUUCUUAAUUUUUCUCAUCCCCAUAAGUAAAAGCUGAUUCCGUCAGCGUGCUGUACUGUGCUCAGACUGGCAUCGAGACCAAUGCCAGAACCUGUGAGACAAAUGAAAUGGGCCGAGUUUGCCCAAAGAAUCUUCUGAAUGUUAUUUAUUGUUCUAUUUAUUUAUUGGAUGACUGAGUCUGAUCGGAUGCUUGUAUAUUUAUCUAUUUAUCUCUCAAUCAUCGGUAUUUUUUAUUUUUGGAAACACUUGAGGAUUUUUGUAAUUAAUGAAAAAGGCCCAUGUGAAAAUUGUAUGUUUCUGUUAGUUGGAUUCUGUAAAUAGACUUGUACUAGAGUUGUAAAAAAGAUAAGGUUAGGGCUGGCUAAAUGCUACAGUUUGGUCAUGUAAUAAGCACUGUUUUCUUAAAUAAAUGGCACUUGGACAGAAAAGCUUA